AUGUUUUGUUGGUCCGCAUCCUUCUAUCCCCAGCCGAUCAGUAACUUUCGUCGGCGAUCAACAAUCGGGCUGGCCAUUGACUUUCCCACUAUCAACGUUCUGGGCUUCGUCUGCUAUACAGCAUACACUUCUGCGUUUCUCUAUUCCCCCGUGAUUCGACGCCAAUAUGCUGCCCGUCACCCUCAGGCGGAGGAUUCUACCGUGCGCUUCAACGACUUUGCCUUUGCCGUUCAUGCUGUUAUCCUUAGCUCCAUUGUGUAUACCCAAUUCUGGCCCAAGAUAUGGGGGUUCAAGGUUUCUCGAUUCCAAACUGUUAGCAAACCAGUUGCAGGUCUUUUCUGGGGCUCCAUCAUGGCGAUUGGUAUAAUUGUCUGCAUUGUUCUUGCCAGGAGUCCCGAUGGAGGAUAUGAGCCGUCAACUUGGGCGUGGAUUGAUGUGGUUUACGCUCUUUCCUACGUGAAGUUGAUCAUCACCGUGGUGAAAUAUGUCCCUCAAGCAUGGGUUAACUAUAAACGCAAGUCCACACAGGGAUGGAGUAUUGUGCAAAUCCUUCUUGAUCUGACUGGUGGCGUCCUUUCUUUCCUUCAAUUGAUUUUGGAUUCGAGUUUUCAAAGUGAUUGGAGUGGUAUCACUGGAAAUCCUGUCAAACUCCUCUUGUCCAAUGUGACUAUUGUGUUCGACUUGGUCUUUGUGGUUCAGCACUAUAUCCUCUACCGGGACCCCGUGGAGGACAAGAUUGCGCCUCGGCAUCCCGACCUUAUUACCCCACUCUUAUCAGACCCCAGAGGUGCCAACGCCUGA